UAAAUGUCCUGACAAUUAUGUGAUUUCAGAAUAUGACUUAAAUGUAAAAUGUUCCUGUAGCAAAACUCUAGUAGUGAGCUGUUUACAACAUAAUGGAUGCUCAUCUUCAAGACUUGUUUGCUACUGCUCUAGCUUCUGGUUUGAAUCGUAGCGACGUGAAGAAAACAGCUAACAUCAAAAAAUCUACCAAAGCAAAACUUGUUAAGAAACCUUUUGAUUUCCGUUAUGCUUCCUAUGUAAUUGGUUUGAUCAGUAUAUUAAUAGUGGUAGGUUUGCCGUUGCCAGCUUAUAAAAGACCUAUUCAACAUUUUAAACAAGUUUUUGCUGAUUAUGUCUAUGACUCGGAAUCACAAUGUCUGGUGUCGCAUGGUGGUGCAACAAUUGAACUCACUCGACCUGUAGCAAAAUGCAACAUAUGUAAAGGUAUAACAGAGGUGCCUGUCUUUUAUAAUAUGACCAAAGAAUAUUUUGUAAAGCAUCACGCCUAUUCUGGUAUACCUGUGUUAAUAAAAAAGGGGACUGGUAACUGGACAGCUUUAUCUGUAUUCAGUUACCAGUACUUUAAGAAGCUCUAUACCAAGACGAAAUCUUUAGACGAGUUCGAUGAGAAGGAAUGCCAGUUUUUUGGCUACAAAACAAACUUGCGGACACUAAAACAUGUGUUCACAAUGAGUAAAAAGCGAUCUGAACUGAAAAAGGAUCAAUGGUAUAUUGGAUGGAGUAAUUGCAUUCCCAAAGUUCAAAAUAUAUUGCGCAAGCAUUAUAGCCGUCCAGCUUUUUUACCUGAUGAUUCUGAAUCUAGCAGCUUGGAUUGGAUAUUUAUGGGCGGUAGUGGAAACGGAGCCUUAAUGCAUAUUGAUAGUGUAAACAGACCAUCGUGGCAAGCCAUGAUCACUGGGAAGAAGACUUGGUAUUUUGAACCUCCACCGGAGUGUGAAUUUGAAUGUCCAAGACACUUGAGUGCUACCAUGGAACCAGGAGAUAUAUUGGUGGCAGACACGAACAGAUGGUACCACUCCACCUUUAUACAUCCUGGUGACUUAGCAAUCACGAUUGGAUCUGAAUACGAUUAAAAUUUUUAAUAACAUAUUUUUAUACCAGAGUAUUUCCAGUUCAUUGUUUUUCUAUUCUUUGUUUUCUAACAGAAAAUAUUUGUACAAUGUUCAACGAAGACCAUAUUGCGUUUUUUUAUUUGUUUUUAUAUUUGGUAACGGUAGCUGGUGAAAUUGGUAAAAUGACUAAUUGUUGUAUGCAUUACAGAUGUCUUUAUCAUUAGAGUGUUGACACUUGUAUAAAAUUUUCAACUUUUGUAAAAAAGCGAAAAUUGUAUAAUAAAGUGUUAAUGAAGUAUACGUGGUAUUGAUUUCU